GAGACCAACCGCACGGUAUAGAGGUGGAAUUGCGGAGAGGGAGAGAAACGGGCGCAGAUUCGGUCAUUCCUUCCCUCUGACUCUUGUGCUCCCGCAUCCACGGGUCGCCCCGUGCUUGCCACGAAACCAGACCGCGGGGGUUGAGCAGCGUUCGGGUGCACUUUGAAGGGGGCAAGGACAGUGAACGCCCCCGUUCCCCUUUCUCUCGAUUUCUUCAGUUUUUGUAUUCCCCUCUUAGGGUGCAGAUGUUUAUGUGAAGCAGCUUUUUUGGAAUGUAGCGUUUUACGGUGCUGGCUGCACACAGACAGAAAAGCGCAAGGGAAAAGGAGGCAACGUUGGAAACGGGAGGAAUAUAUCCUCCUUCCCUGGCGGACUUCAGAUGAACGGAACAUGCUGUGCGCAAGAGGCGGCAGCCGUGAUACUAACGGCUCCGUGACCCCAGCUAGGAGACGAGUGAAACACCGAAAGCCGCGCGAGCAGCCAGCCCCGCCACCGCUGCAGCAGCGCGAGCCCGAGCCUGCCGCCUCUCCCGAAGCCAUGGACUGGGCAGUGGGGAUGAGCAGAAGAGAGAGGGUUUAGUGUGUAUGUGUUCUCCACUGCAGUACUACGGACCCAAUGAUAUCCAGAAGAAGCCAGACACACGGACCUAAGGCUGGAACGAGUCCCAGACAGUCAAAGAUCGAUCUGGACGUGAACGGUCCCUGAAUCCUUCCGCUAGACAACUGUAACUUGGAAGAGCACGUAAACUCACGCGCAUCUCGUCUGAACACGCUCCGCCUGCAUCUCCCGUCCCCCGUUUGUGACAUCACUGAGACGCGAGUGCCCUGCAUUGGAUGAGCCACCUGACGGGGCGCCUGCGUUCGGGCGGGGCCUGUGGGGGGGCUCUGGAGGAGGACGAGGGCUGUGGGGGGGGACUGGAGGGGCCAGAGGGAUGGACAGGGGAGGGGAGGCCCUUGGAGCCUGGCGACGGGGCCUCGGUGAACUAUGACCUCAUCCCCCCCACCACCCUGGCCAACGGGCUGCAUCGGACACUGGGCCUGAGCACCCGGAGACGAAGGCAGCUGGACACCCUCAUGCACACGUACCCCGACACGCAGACACACACACUCGCACAGACGCCCUUAAGCACGCAGGAUAACAUGGACACAGCUGUCCACAGCAGACCUCCAAAGACAAACGCGCUUUCGAAAACACACACGGACAGUCAGGCUGAUGUCGUCACGCACACGAGCCCCCCGGCAGCGCCAGGGCAACCGAGAGCCGCCCCUCCCUCUGACACCCACACCUCAUCACCCCAAACCCAGCCCCUCCCACUCGUCAAUCAGCCCCUCUCCACCAAUCAGAUGCCGGCCUCAGUUCCCUGCAGCCCGCCCCUCCCUCUCCCCUCAGCAGAGACAGACACGCUCCCAGGCUGCAGCCCCGUCUCUAUUGGCCAGACGCCUCCAGGCCCCUCCCCUUUACCCGUAGAAGGUGAAAGAAAGUACGCCCUGCGCAGCUCCGGGCGCCCUCGGUUCCCCUGCCACCUACGCAAGUCGUCCCGGCUUCGCCGCAACACUGAAGACGUGGAGAGGAGGGCUGGGAGAGACAGAGGAGAGGAGGAGGCGGACGAAGAGGAGAGCGAGGAGAAGAUCUGGAAUGUUAAAAAAGAAGAGGAGGUGGAGGAGGUGGUGGUGUUGAGAGGAGCUGCAGAGGUUCCGUCCGCAGCUUCCUCCGUCCCAGACACAGCCGCUCCGCGCCCAGCCCCCCACCACCCCCCGGCACGCCCAGCCCCUCACCACCCCCCGGCACGCCCCUCCCCCCACUCCCUCCCAGGCCGCCUUCAGCCCAGUCCCAUGCCCCGGCCUCGCCCCCGGCCUCGACCCCAACCCCGACCUCUGCCAGCAGUCAAGAAGGUGGAACCGGUGGCUGUGGAGGUCUCUCCCCCUCCCAAGAAAAGGCGUGGACGAUUUGUCGGGGUGAGGAAGAUCGUGGUGAAGGUGGCUCGUAUCCCUGUCAACCUCAGCCGACGACAGAAGAGCUACAAGAUCUCCUCCAUGGAGACGGUCACCGGGGCAGAUAAGGGUGGAGUCGGGGGCGACGGGGGCCCGGAGGGUCCUGAGGGGGGCCCGGUGGUGGUGAGGGAGCCCACGGCCCUUCUCCGCAUGAAGAACAACGGGAAGAGCGUGAUGGUGAUGUUCCCCCCCGGAGAGCUCCCUGUCAUCCUCAAACGGCGGCGCGGACGUCCUCCCAAGCAGGCCGUGCCGGGAGGAGCGGACGCACGGAACAGCGGCAACGCCGUCGGGAACGCCGACCAGCCCAAGAAGCCUCGGCGCAAGCGGCGGACGAAGCUCCCCUCCCCGCAGCCGUCAUACGUCAACGACACCAACGACAUCAAGGCCGAGUAUGGCGACGUGCUGUCCAAGCUGGCGUUCCUUAACCGCCAACCGCCCGCCACGGGCCGCUGCUCCCCGCCUCGGUGCUGGACGCCCAGCGAGCCCGACAGCUUCCACGCGCCCUUGGAAAACCCCGGAAUCUCCACCCUGCUGCACCGGCUCACCGGCUUCCGCCGCAGAGGGGGGAGAGGAGGGGGGGUGGGCAGCCGGGGAGGGGGCGUGGGGGGCGGAGCGGGCGGCGCCGAAGGCUUCAAGAGCUCCUUCUGCGACUUCUUCGAGACCAUCGGCAAGAAGCGGAAGCCGACUCCUCCGGGGGUGGAGCCCGGGUUGCCGCGGAAACGGGGCAAGGGCGCCGGCGGAGGGGCGGGAGGCCGAGGGGGCGGGGUUGCGGGGGACGGGGGGGUCGGGGAGAAGCCUGUCAGGAAGCGGCGCUCUCGUAAAAACGGGACGUUCAAGGGCGAAGGAGCGGCGGGCGGGCAGGACUGGGCGAACGGGGGCGGGGGCUGGGGAGAGGAGGGCUUUGGGCAGAAGGACAGGGGACCAGGGGGGUUCCAGAGCUGUGGCUCUCCCGGGAGGGGCUUCCUAUCCUGCGAGGGGGGCAGAGGGGGGGUGUACGGAAGCCCAGGGAGCGGCAAAGUGGCCAGGGCUUCAGCAGAGGAGGCCCAGGGCCUGUUUGCUGGAUACUUUCGCUCUCUGCUCGACUCUGACGACUCCUCAGACCUCCUGGACAUCUCCAUGUCCAGCCCUGCCUCCUCACGACCUGACACCCGCAAACCCCCCAACGCCGCGGGCUACGAGUCCUCCAGCCCAGCCCCCGGCCCCAGCUGGUCCCCAGCCUUCCCCAAGCGCAGCCCCAAAGGGCCCGGUCUGGACAGCCCUGCCCAGCCCCAGUGCUCCUCAGCCAGGCCUCCUUACAGCUACAGCCUGGCCCAGACCUCACCCACCACCUCCUCCUUCUCCAAGUCCACCCCUCCGUCCCUCUCUCUGUCCCGCUCCCCCAGCUCACCCCAUCCCUCCUCCUAUUGCCACUACCCCUCCAGCUACUCCUCCUCCUCACCUGGCGGGGGCAGUGUUGGCUCUCAGAGGCCCACGGACUGCAGUUUCUCCUAUGGCGCAGGACACAGCAGCACCAAGGCCACCCCUGUCGGCCAGGGUCAGAUGGGUUAUUCCAGCUACCAGGCUGCUUCCAAGCGGGGCUACAGCGGCUACCCCGGGUCGGCCCAUUCCUCCCUUCUGCGGGGGGAGACAGCAGCACCCACAUCUCCAGGAGCAGGCUACAUGGCCAUGGCCAAGAGCAGCUCCUUCCCCUGUUCUUCUUCCCCGGAAGGAUACAGACACCCCUCCAAUCAGUGGAACUACAGGCAGGGGUAUGCUAGCUGGGGAACAGAUGGCUUCGGGCUUCAGUACAACAGCUACAAUGAAUAUGCCGGCAGUUCUACUGAGUCUAAAGACAUCCUGGACAUUUCCAACUACACUCCCCAGAAGGCCAAGCGGCCUUCCUUCCCAGAGAGCCUAUCGGAAUCCUCCUCUGACUCCUCCCACCUGGGCUCAGCAGCCACUUGUGGAGGUUCUGGGUCAGGGGGCGGGAUUUUUAGGCAGAAGGAGCCUGUUCCUAUUGGAGAAGCGGGCCAGUCCAGCCUAUCCAGUCUGGAGAAGCUGAUGAUGGAUUGGCACGAAAGUGCGGCUGGACCUUCCUACAACUGGAGCCAGAAUGUACUUUUCCAGGGCGGAGGAAACAAGCAGGGCCGCGGGCGCCGGAAAAGGUCUGAACUUCAAGGGGAACGGGAGGGGGGGUCCGCAACAGCAGGCGGCCCUCCAGACUCUCCGUCCAGCCCGCUUCCGUCCCAGGGCCCAGGACCCAAGAUCAGCGGAGUGGGGGGCCGGCAGCCCAGGGGAUCCCGAGGAGGAGGGAGGGGGGGUCUGUCCCCGUGCCAACGAGAGCGCCCCGCGGCAGCCAAAGCCAAAGCCAAGGGGGCCUCUGGAGCGGGGGCCUCUGGAGGGGGGGGCUCUGGAGGGGGGGCCUCUGGAGGGGGGGCCUCUGGAGGCUCCGGGUUGUUCCAGGAGGGGUUGGACUACUACAGCGGGGACAGCAGCAGCCUCUCUCCCCUGCCCACCUCUGCACCUCCCCACAGUUACCCCUCAGACCCCUGUGAGUACCCCUCCCCCUACUCCGCCCACCCCUCCACCCCCUCCUCUGAUGAGCGCUACCCAGCCAUCUUUCCUGGGGAGUCCUCCCUCUCCCCCAGCAUGUCCUCUUACCCCCCGAAACCCACUCCUCCACCCCCCCAGACCUACCACCCCGUGCCCACCAGGACCUUCUCUCCCUCUUGCUCCCCGUCACCACGGUUACCUCCCCACUGCGGAACAGCGUUGAGCCCCCCUCACCGUGCCCCCCCUAAAGACCCCCAAUACCCCCAGUACGACUCCCCCAACUACUGUGGCUCCCCCUACUGGUACGGACAGGCGUCGCAUGGCGGCAGCCCAAAUCCUCACGCACACACCAGCACACACGCUAACCCACACGCCAGUGCACACGUCAGUCCCCACGGUAACGCACACACCAACCCGCAUGCCAACUCCCAUUCAAACCCCAAUCCUCACGCCAACACACACCAACACCCCAACGCACAACCGCACGCCAACCUGAGCCCCCACACCAACCCUGCAUCGAACCCCAACCAUCCUUCUAACCCCCACUCGCACCCCAGCACCACCCUACAUGGCAGCGUCGCCAACCCUCACCACCACCCCCUCCACCCCAACAAUCACCACCACCACCAUGCCCAAUCCCACCCCCAUCCCCACCCCAACACGCACGCCAACCCCCACCUCCAUUCCAACCCCACCUCCAGCCUCCACACCCACCCCAACCCCCUACACUACGAAGAGCGCCCCCCUCCCUCCGGCAUGCCACACCACAAACGAGACCUCGCUGCCCACAUGACUUCAGGCUCCCGCCUCCAGGCCCCCAUCCUUCACUCUCCCUACCCCUCCCCCCUCCACAAGCCCUCCCUGGAAGCCGUUGCUCACUCAGAGGACAUGGGUUACUCCCCCCUGCCCCUUCACUCCUCCUCCUACCCAGGGAUGCCCUCCCGCUACCCCCCCCAGCCGGCGCGGGGCGGGGGGGUCCUCUGCCAGCUGCUGGACCCUCCGACAGACGACAGCUUCAGUGUGACCAGCUUGUAGCUGUGGCUCCAGGUGCAUUCAAUCUCAAGCUUUUACAGAUUUGUAAACUUUUUUUUAAGUCUUUGUGAGAGACUUGGUGAAAGAGGAGAGUCUGCCAGUUUUGGACAGUCUAGCUUUAAUGCUCCAGCAAUGACAAUCAAGAGCUCACAGCAACACACACACAGCAACACACACACAGCAACACACAAACAGGCACACAUGCACACAUACAUGCAGGCAUGUGGGCUUCCAGACCGUAGGCCACAAUGUUGCAGUAUAGUACAGGUUGUGCAUUUGCAUUGCAUCCUGUACACAUUCACGCACACACGCACACACACUACAAAAGCACGUAUACGCUCAGCUGGAAAGAGGGAGUGGCCAGGAGGAUCCUGUGGAGGGUUGACAGAUGCUGAUUGACAUAUGGACACAGAAGUAUGGACAUGACCCGCCCCUCAGAGUCUAGCUGUGCUGCUUGGAGGACUCCAUUUCCCAGAAGGCUGUGUUUCAUGGAACUUCACUGGUCAUCUCCAGGGAAACAGAAUGCUGGUGAAUCUGGACUGCACCAACCUUUCUCCUCCUCCUCCCCCGAUCUCCCGCUCUCCUGACCCUCUCUUCUAUCUUCCACCUGUCCCCCUGUUUCUCCUCUCCACCCUGACCGACACAGAAACAUCAAACCAACCCAAUGCCCUCAAUCCACUUAGUCUGCCCCCCACACCCCUUCCUACUCUCGGUCCUCAUCCCCUCCCUCCUUCCCCCCUCGCUGUGUUGUGCCCUGUGAGAGGUGAGUACUUCCCAGUAUCUGCUCUUGAAAAACCAGCAUCUGUACAUAGACUCCAACUCCAGCGUGGACGGUGGGCCUACAACCUCUCACCCCCUCCCAAACAUGAUAUCAAUGUUGCAUUAACGUUCUGCCAUGGUUUUAUGCUCCGGAGGGAAAGAAUGAAGCAUGGAGACCCGACAUCCUGUGUUUCGCUGUUUAAACUAUAAAAGGAAAAAGACACAUUUGGCGACCCCCAAAGAGAUGUGUGUGUGUGUGUGUGUGUGCGUGUGCAUCAAUGUGUGUGUACGUGUGUGUGUGUGUCAGGGGUCAAAGUGGGCGGAGCUCUGAUAUUUAAGCUGAGGUGGGGCUUCUCUUCCUCUCUUCACUCUAUCUCUUCUUUUUUCUGUUGUCUUGUGUUGUUUGGUGAGUUUUGUGAUGAAAAGUUGUAUAUCUGUCUGUUACAUAUCAUGUAUCUGAGGUGCAAAUAUUUAAAUACACAUUCUGUUCUGGCCAUUGUUAACCUGGUCUGGUCUACUGCUACUUUAAGGGAGCCCUUUGUGUAUGUGUGUGUGUGUGCCCGUGUGUGUGUGUGUGCCCGUGUGUGUGUGUGCCUGUGUGUGUGGGUGUAUGUGUGGGUGUGUGUGUGUGUGUGUUUAGCUUGGUAUUCAGCUCCAUGCUGUGGUGAGCUAAAGGAGUUCAGAUAGGGACAUGACUGGGAGGUUGGUAGGGAGGGGAGGAGGGAGGGAUAUGGGAA